AUAAUACAAAACUUUCAACAGAAACCAAUUUCAAAAGUGGUGCAGGGUGAUAACUUCGUAAAAAUUGAUAAAUAUAAACCAAAGUGUAAAGAUAACAAUACUGCAAUGAUUUACUUAAUCAAUAGUGUAAGCUGACUUUAAAAAUAAAAAAUAAUCUGAGUGAUGGAUAUUUGGUGCUUAAUAAGUUAUGAACCGUGCAGAAAAUGAAUAAAGGAGUAGCUAGGUCUCAGGUUGCUGCUGUUGCUGCACCGUCCAGGUGUGGUUCCACACAAAAUAUGUCUGCAAAUGUUAAAGUUGUAGUAAGAGUGCGUCCUUUGAACGAUAAGGAAUUGGAGCAUAAUAACCAAAUCAUUGUGGAUAUUGUAGACGACAAGAUGCUGGUAUUUGAUCCCAAAGAAGAGAUACGACCAUUUUUCUAUCACGGUAUGCAACAACAAAAUAAAACCUUUUUGAAACGAGCAAAUAAAGAGCUCAAGUUUGUAUUUGAUAACGUUUGUGGGCCGAAUGCGACUAAUAAAGAUGUUUUCGAGACUUCUACUAAAGAUAUUAUAACUUCGCUUAUGGAGGGCUACAACUGUUCAGUUUUCGCCUACGGAGCAACAGGUGCUGGGAAGACUUUUACGAUGAUAGGAAAUAUAGAAAACCCUGGAAUAACUUAUUUGACUAUGGAGCAUCUAUUCCACACUAUCGGUUCUUUCGGAAAUGAGCGGGAAUUUGACAUUGGUGUCUCUUAUAUUGAAGUAUAUAAUGAAAAUGUCUAUGAUCUGCUGAAGCCCUCAAACACACCAUUACAACUUAGAGAAGACUCUAAAUAUGGAGUGAUGAUUGCUGGACUUACAUUAUGCAAUAUAAAUACAGCACGGGAACUAUUAAACUUGCUUGAGAAUGGAAACAAAAAUAGAACACAGCAUCCAACUGAUUCUAAUGCUGAGAGUUCUCGAAGCCAUGCUGUCUUUCAGGUCUAUGUAAAAAUGAGAGGCAAAGCAAGCAGUCAACUUCGUAUUGUCAAGUUGUCUAUGAUAGACUUAGCUGGAAGUGAAAGAGCAUCAGCUACAGGUUGCAUCGGAGAUAGAUUCAAAGAGGGAGCUAAUAUAAAUAAAAGUUUGCUUUCUCUUGGUAAUUGUAUUAAUAAAUUAGCUGAUGGGAGCAGUUACAUACCAUAUAGAGAUUCAAAGCUAACGCGUCUUUUAAAGGACAGUCUCGGUGGUAAUUGUAAAACUGUUAUGAUUGCAAACAUAUCUCCGUCAAAUACAAGUUACGAAGACACUUACAACACUCUGAAAUAUGCAGCCAGAGCCAGUAAAAUACAACUCAGCAUAAAGAAGAAUAUUGUAGACGGUGACAUGAGAUUAUCUCAGUAUGUGAAGAUUAAUGAGGAGUUGAAGAAAAAGGUCAAGGAAUUAGAGGCCAAGUUGUCUUUGUCGUCAGUCAAAGUUGUGGAUAAUAAGGACAAAUUAAUGGAAGAGUGGAAGCGUCGUAUACUAGAGGAGGAGUCAGCGCUGAGCCAGGUGGAGAGCAAGCUGGUGUCGCUGAUGUCCCGGCAGCGCGUGCUGGCGCUUCGCCACCGGCUGCGCACUCAGGCCUUCAGUCAUGUCGCCGACCUCGCCCACAGAUCCUCCUAUGAUGCUUUGCAACAGAUGUGUACAGAAGAAAUACCUCGUCAUGAAAGAGCGGCGGAGAAUUACGUCAAACAAUCUGCAGGCCUCGAUGCUAAAAUCAAGAUCUGCUGGACGAAGUGGUGUGAGAGUCGACAGAGAAUGCAGAGUUUGUUUAAACAAGCUUUAUCAGAAUGCUCCUCUUUGUCGGACUUUGUUGAAAAAUUAAAACUACAGAGCGAAAUGAGACUCAUUAAAGCUAGCGACGACCUCAGAUAUAAGCUACUGUGUAUAGAAAAUGAGGAGAUAAAAGCUUUUACAGAGUACAUGAGCGAUAUGCCAACUAUGCUCAAGAAGUUGUAUUUGACUCUAAAGGGAUACGGACAAGCCCCACCCGCACUCACGGCGGAGUAUCUAGAAUUGAUGAAAAAAGCUAAACUAGCUAAAGGCAUCACCUGGUGUGAUUCACAAGACGAAGGAGAUGAUCAUUUCAAAUUCAUAUCAACUUUAGAUUUAGAAAAACCAAUCAUAAAUCUAGACUUUGAUGUAAGAAAGGAUGGAACAGUAACAGAUUUGACAGAUAGUGAAGAUUUGACUGACAUUGAAAACCGUGGCCCAGUAAGAAACUCCGCUAUGAAACGUAAAGGAACACCAACAAAACUCAAAACUGAUGAAACAGUAUUAAUUGAUGACUCAAUUGAACUUUUAGACGCAACUAGAACUCUCGGUUCUGCAAAGAAAUUGAAACAAGAAUAUGACAUUCCAGUAUAUGACAAUCCAAUAGAUCCCAGUAACUUGAACUCAACUUUUGUACUGCCCGCGAAAUUAGAAAGUCUGAAAAAACAGCCAGUUAAGAAUGAAGUUAACUUAACAACAAGAUCUGCUUUUAUGAACAGGCCUGUAGUUUCUCAGAGGAUGCUUAACUUCAAUGAUAAAGGAAUAACAUUUAACAAGCCAGUAGUGGGCAAGGCAAUGCCGUUACGUCGUGUUCCACCGACGUUAAACUCUCGCCCCACUGCCGGCUUCGGCUCCAGUCUGUCCAGAGACGGCACUCCCUUACAACGAAAUACGCAAGAAGUCCCACGGAUGAAAUUCAAUGACCCGCAAAGAUCAGUUGGGUACAAAUCGUUCCGGGCAAGAGAUAGAGUACAGGCGCAUCCUUACACCAGACCCACGGGCGCGAAUACAUGGAGACAUUGAUAUUUUACAAGAUUCAAACUUUAUAACUACCCGCACUUUCCUGGUGCUGCACUGGUCGGUUGUUUUCCAUCAGACCGGUGAUCCUAAUGGGAAAAUAAAUUACCAUUGGGCCGAUUUAGUAGUCGAGGAAAGUGUGGUCAGGAGUGUAC